AGCAUCUCCCGGGCUGCGGGCGCUGCCAGCGCUGCCGCCCGCCCCAGCCCAGCCCCAGCCCCGCCGGGCGCACUGCGGAGGGACGGGACGGGGCAGUGCGGGGGUUCCCCCUCUGCCCCCCGCCGCCAUGGGCCCCACCGGGCUCGGCAUAACUUUCCUGACUCUACCCCUCGUCGUGCGAGCGGCCGCGGGAGGGCAGUGGUGUUACGACUCGCAGGACCCCCAAUGUGGGCCCAGCCACUGGAAGGAGCUGAAAGCCUCAUGUGGUGGCAACAAGCAGUCCCCUGUGAACAUCGACAGGCAUCGGCUGCAGCGGGACAGUGGCCUCGGGGACAUCCUCUUUGAGGGCUACGACCAGGCUCCCCCCGGCAAGUGGAAGCUGACAAACAAUGGGCACACAGUGAUGCUGAGCCUGGCGAGCGAGUCGGCCUCUGAGCACAUCACCAUCAGUGGUGGGGGCCUCCCCGGCAGGUACCGUGCGCUCCAGCUCCAUUUCCACUGGGGCAGUCCAGCUGGGAAUGGCUCUGAGCACACCCUUGAUGGGCACCAGCUCCCUAUGGAGCUGCACAUUGUCCACAUGAAUGUCAAGUACCGGACACUGGCAGAGGCCAAGGGGCAUCCCAACGGGCUGGCUGUCCUCGGCUUCUUCUACCAGGUCUCUGAAACCCCUAACACCAACUACAACACCAUCGUGGUGGGGCUGAGAAACGUCUCCCAUGCUGGGGACUCCGUGGAUUUGGCCUCCACCUUCCGCCUGAGCACACUGCUGCCGCGGGCCGGCCGGCUCUCCGGGUACUACCGUUACCAGGGCUCCCUCACCACGCCCGACUGCAGCGAGGUCGUCGUCUGGACUGUCUUCGAGGAGCCAGUGGAGAUUGGCCGGGAGCAGCUGCGGGCGUUUGUCAGCACCCUCCACUUCCCACCCGACGGAUCCAGGCUCCUAAAAAUGAUCAACAACUUCCGCCCACCACAGCCCCUCCACAGCCGGAAGGUCUUUGCCUCCCGGGGGGCCACGGCCAGUGGUGGGUCCCUGCAUGGGGGCCACCACGAGCUCCUCUCAUCCCUGCUCCUCCUGGCCCUGCUCAGCCUCUUCUCACCAGCCCCAUAGGGUCUGGUCCAGCCUGUCACUGAGCAUCACCCUGCUGCAGUGGAAAUGAGGAGGUGAUGUAUCUGGUUCAUGGAAAAUGAGAAAAAAACAACAAAAAGCCUGUCGAGACCUUGGCUGGGUGAAGAUUUUGCGAAUCUGGAUCUCUGCAGAGGUGGAUCUCUGCAAACCUGGAGCCACCCUGUAGCCAGGUGGUGGGAGCUGCUGGGAGGGCAACACUGUAGGGGCUGGAAUAAAGCCAAGGUCCUCGCCAGU